AUGGAGGUGAUAGAAGAUGGAAAUAUUAUGGAUCGGAUUCCCAUAUUAUUGCAAAGGGACUUGGAAUAUUAUCAGGCAAACCAGACGGUAUUAUCUGAGACAAUUUGUCCUGGAGUAGUCGGUGGGAGAUUGGACUUUCCCAGAAAUGCCUCAUUUGCAGCGGUGAAAAUUGUGCUCUGGUUAGAAGAGGAGUUUUCAGUUGCUUUCAAACAAGGAUCAGGAAUGUUUGUCAAGACUGAAGAAGAUGAUUCUGGAGAUAUUGGUGUCGCCAAAACUUCAGACCCUGACAAAUUCGUGCAAUUAGCCAUUAAAUCCAGUGAUUCUUUGCUUGAGCACUUGCAUAUGUUGGCCCAAGAAGCUCUCGAUCACGCGGACUUGCCAGUAUUGACGGCUACUCUUGGAGCAGCUGCCCUGCUGAAGAACAGUCUGUUCUGCUAUCUGCAACACGUUGAGGAUAUGGGCAGCUCAGAGAGACUAUCUUUGCUGCAGGCCUGUUACAAACGCUACGUAACAAUGUCAGAGGCAGUCGCAGAGAGGGUGCUAGAUCUCCACAACAGGGUGCUCUCUCUAUACAUCCUGCAGGACUCCGGAGGCCGGCCCAUUGAUGGACAGACGCGGACGGUGCAUGAAGCGGGGACUCCCUCUGUGCAGGGAUGGUGGCUUUAUAUGAACGGUAGUAGAAAAGAUCUAUGGGAUACCGUGCCUCCGAGAAUGGCUCAAAGAAUCUUUGCUGGAAUGCUGAAUGAAACUCUUACCAUAUUGACUGUGCGUUAUUGCCAGACAACAACAACAGAAGCUACUAACCGCCUGCUCCUCAACGACAUUCUCAAUAUCCUACUCUGUGUAGCUCAGUUACUUCCAUCUAUUUGCUCAACCGGUGCAGACUUGGCUGGACUGGAAAUAAAACAGCAGACUCGAGAUGUUAGGGAUGUCCACGCGAAGUGCAACAAAUUGUUCAAGUGCCUGGUGUAUAGGGGCGCCGAGCUGCAUUUUAUACAUCAAGCCUUCAAAGAGCAGGACAAGCCGGCAGUCUCGUCCAAAGACAGCCCCUACCCAUGGUUCACGUUCGUCAGUCCGGAUUUAUUUGAAGGAAGUUUUGAUGACAUAUCCCUAAAUGUUAAAAGCACACAAGACCUCCCCAAUAAGACUGCUAUAGGACUGGAGUUGGUUGUGUUGUUAGCGCAACCGCAGCCAUCUUGGGCUUUGAUUGUGAAGGUCCUAAUGAUGCGUAACUGCCACCUAGCCCGAAUGCUGCUAAUCCGAGCCAUCAAGCACAUGUCAGCGGACAACUCUCGCUGGCCAGCUGAUGGUCUGUGGUACAGUGUGGAUGGGAAAAACCAGAAGUGCAACGGGUUUUUAUGCACGGCUGACGGAUUCUGCAAGUUUAAAGGCGAUAGUGACGCCAGAGAAGAAUACGCCAGAACAGCUGGAGCGUUGACCCACAUUCUGGCCACUAUUGGAAGCAAAGCCGAACUCAAGUCAACCCUCUGUUACGCCUUGGAGAUAUCAGGCAGAGACUGGGCCGCUUGUUUGGAUAAACGACAGGUUUGGUGCGACCGAAGGCCUCCCUGGUUGGCCGGGAUACUUGCAAUCGUCGGAACAGCGCUUGAGUUCAUACCACCAAUACUUGUCAAUGCUGUUCUUUCAGGAGCUUCUAUGUAUCAGACAAUGUCUCUCUGCCUAACCUGCGUAUCCCGUUCGCUAAACUGCAUACCACGUAGCUUCACGAACGCGUGUACAAUCAUAGAGAAGACUUUGCCUUCCCACGUCAACCCUGUAGGAGGCUGUGUGUUACUACAAAUGUUGAUUACAGUCACGUAUGAAGAAAUGCUGAAGUGGGCUAACAAGGAAGCUGCGAAGGAAAAAGCUGCUACAGCCAAUGGAGAGCCGCACAAUAUGGGUAGCAAGUCAAACAGACAGAGAGGGAAACAUGUUCGGAUCAUGAGUUUGUCUCAUACAACCAAUACCUCAAGUUCGUUGAGUUUUGAUGGAAGCCACAGUUCACCAUCUUCCAUAGCAUUAGCGAUCGCCGAAGCGCUAUGUUCUAUAGACGAAGAUGACAAACACACACAAGAAAUUGUUCAACUGGUGGCACAGACUAAAAAAACGUUUACGUUGUCCAAUACAUUUGGAUUGGAGGAUUUUCCGGAGUUCGCGGAACUUUUUGAAGAGGGAGAUGUGCCAGGCUCUAACGCGGAACGGGCGAGUGACGCCGCGGCUCUGACUAGUCAAAUUCUGAUGUCAGCACCGGGGAGAGAUAGCUUGCGGGUAAUCUACGACCACCUCCAGUUACACGCAGAGAGGAUAUACAAGGAACUCGGUACGCAAGAGCCUUGCGAUAGUUCGGUGCCGCUUAACAAGGCUCCGCUCAUAUACAUCAUGUUCCACAUUGGGAGGCGACCGUUUGAUCAGUUCCUCCGCAACGAAUGGCCAAUGCCGUGGAGUAAGCUGGUCGCUUGCGCAAAGGCCUGGUCGGGCAUAGAAGGCGCACGCGCACACGUCAUGCGCCGCGCUGACGUCAGAGGCGCUAAGACUUGUAAAAGCACGCGACAACUGAUAGAGUUAUAUGCCAUGUUCAAGGCGCCAACUGAAGGGCUACUGUAGGUCACGUGACAUUCCGUGGAGUAGCCAAGAAUUGCAAGAGCUUGAGACAACUGUUAGAGUUACAUAAUUAUAAUGUGAUUAUGGCGCCAACUCGAGAACUGCUCUAUUAUGACGUACCUUAUACGCCGCGCUAACGUCUGAGGCGCCAAGACUUUCAAGAGCACGCGGCAACUGUUAGAGUUAUAUGCCAUGUUCAAGGCGCCAACUGAACAGCUACUGUAGGUCACGCACGUGACAUACCUCAGAAGGUUACGUG